GCGGCGGCUGGUGCAGCACAAUAACAACAGCAACAACUGGCGCUGCAUCGGCGGGCAGCGGCCGCUUUGCAACCAUAAUGGGCGCAGUCAAAUCUCGUCAUAUCACCAACGCCGACAUGGAUCGAGAGGAGGAACAGCAUCAACGUCAACAUCAACAUCAGCAGCAGCCGCCCUUGCACCAACACCAGAACACACACUCCAUGCAACGAAAUGGCCAUCCCAAUGCGACGCUCCAAAAGCAGGAUCUGCGCUACGACAUCGGCUCCAGCUCCCAGUACCAUCAUGUGAGGCAGCCGAGUGUGCGCAGUCGCAGCCAGCAGCCUAUGCCCACCACCGAUGAGCUGGAUCGUCGAUUUGCCAAAGUCUUGGCUUCGAUGGAUCUGCCGCCGGACAAAGCAAAGCUCUUGCGCAAUUACGAUGACGAGAAGAAGUGGGACAUGAUAUGCGAUCAAGAAAUGGUGCAGGCGAAGGACCCACCCUCCCAUUAUUUGAGCAAACUGCGAACAUAUUUGGAUCCAAAGGCAUCGCGCAGUCAUCGGCUUUACCUAUUCUACUUUCUUUGUCAGAAACGUAAGAUGGUCGGGGAAUCGACGUCCACACAGGUGCUGCGGGAUCUAGAGAUCUCGCUGCGCACCAACCAUAUCGAAUGGGUCAAAGAGUUUCUGGACGACACCAACCAGGGCCUAGAUGCUCUCGUUGAUUAUCUCAGCUUUCGGCUGCAGAUGAUGCGACACGAACAGCGUUUGCAGGGCGCUCUGUGUGCAUCCGAGGAACGUUUGAAUUUGAUAAACGGCCUCGAUGCCAGUGAGGUGGUGUUGAACAACAGCUCGUUGAGUCCCGGCGGUGUUAGCGGCAAUGCCAGUCUGGCAAACGGCUCUCUACUGCUAGACGGCUCCCGACAGCAGACUGGCACCCAUAGCACUCAUUCGCAUUCCUAUAGCUUUGUGCGACCCACUAUUUCCGAGGUGUUGGACAGUCCCAGCCUGAAGCGACGUUCGCGUCACAUCGCCAAACUGAAUAUGGGCGCUGCCACAGAUGAUAUACACGUCUCCAUCAUGUGUCUGCGAGCAAUUAUGAACAACAAAUAUGGCUUCAAUAUGGUCAUCCAGCAUCGUGAGGCGAUAAACUGCAUUGCUCUGAGUCUGAUUCACAAGUCGUUGCGCACCAAGGCGCUGGUGCUGGAGCUGCUGGCGGCGAUUUGUCUGGUCAAGGGGGGGCAUGAGAUCAUAUUGGGUUCGUUUGAUAAUUUCAAGGAUGUGUGCCAAGAGCAGCGACGCUUCCAGACGCUCAUGGAAUACUUCAUGAAUUUUGAGGCCUUUAAUAUUGAUUUCAUGGUUGCCUGUAUGCAGUUCAUGAACAUUGUGGUUCACUCCGUCGAGGACAUGAACUACCGCGUCCAUUUGCAGUACGAGUUUACGGCUCUCGGCUUAGAUAAGUAUCUAGAACGCAUACGGCUAACCGAGUCUGAAGAACUCAAGGUGCAAAUAUCCGCCUACUUGGACAAUGUUUUUGAUGUGGCUGCACUGAUGGAGGAUUCGGAAACUAAAACGUCUGCAUUGGAGCGUGUGCAGGAGCUAGAGGAUCAGCUGGAGCGCGAAAUAGAUCGCAAUUCCGAGUUCUUAUACAAAUUUGCCGAGCUGGAGACGGAGAACCAAACGCUGAAAACGGAGCGCGAACAGUUGGCCAUGAUGCGACAACAGUCUGAGGAGCAGCUCAAUGCGCUCCAACGCAUGCUGCAACAGAAUGAACAGGAGCUCAAGAAACGUGAUACACUGCUACACAAUAAGAAUCUGGAGCUGCAAACACUUUCUCGUUCACUGCCGCGCUCUGCUUCCAGCGGUGAUGGUUCCUUGGUGAACGGCAGUCUGCUGACGGGCUCAGCGACUGGCGCAGUAUCACCGCCGCCUCCACCGCCGCCACCAAUGCCAGCCACAACAGCACCACCACCACCGCCACCUCCAGCGCCACCUGCACCGCCGCCGCCUCCCAUGAUGCAGGGUCUGAGUCCACUGUGCAGUCCGAAUGGUAGCGUUACAUCAACAGUUCCCUCCCCGCCUCAUGCGCCCCAUAUGCUAAGCACGUUCCAGCCACCACCACCACCAGUUGCUGGCUUCAUGCCAGCUCCGGAUGGUGCAAUGACCAUCAAGCGCAAGGUGCCCACCAAAUAUAAGCUGCCAACGCUUAACUGGAUAGCGCUCAAGCCGAACCAGGUUCGUGGAACCAUAUUCAAUGAGCUGGACGACGAGAAGAUCUUCAAGCAAAUCGACUUUAACGAAUUCGAAGAACGUUUCAAAAUCGGCAUUGGUGGUGGUCUUCACAAUGGCACCAAUGGCAGUGAGGUGGAUGGCUCGCUCUCAUCCUAUCCCAGUAAACGUUUCAAAAAGCCCGAUAAUGUUUCGCUGCUGGAACACACGAGGUUAAGAAACAUAGCAAUCUCUCGUCGUAAAUUGGGCAUGCCCAUUGACGAUGUUGUUGCGGCCAUACAUAGUUUAGAUUUGAAGAAGCUAUCGCUGGAAAAUGUGGAGCUGCUGCAAAAGAUGGUACCCACUGAUGCGGAGGUUAAGGCCUACAAGGAAUUCAUAAUCGAACGCAAGGAUCAGCAGUUGCUCACCGAGGAAGACAAAUUCAUGUUGCAAUUGUCACGCGUUGAACGCAUCUCCUCCAAGCUAGCCAUUAUGAAUUAUAUGGGCAAUUUUGUCGAUAGUGUACAUCUCAUUAGUCCGCAAGUUAUAGCGAUUGCCAGUGCCUCAAACUCCCUAAAGCAGUCUCGCAAGUUCAAAGCUGUGCUGGAAAUAGUGUUGGCGUUUGGCAACUAUCUUAAUAGCAACAAGCGUGGACCGGCAUAUGGCUUUAAGCUGCAAUCUCUGGACACAUUGAUAGACACAAAGUCUACUGAUAAGCGGUCUUCGUUGUUACAUUACAUUGUAGCCACGAUAAGGGCCAAAUUUCCGGAGCUUUUGAACUUUGAAUGCGAGCUAUAUGGCACAGAUAAAGCGGCCUCUGUUGCAUUGGAGAACGUUGUGGCUGAUGUGCAGGAGCUAGAUAAGGGCAUGGAGCAGGUGCGCAAGGAAGUCGAGUUGCGUGUUAAGGGCACACAGACGCACAUAUUGCGGGACUUCCUGAACAAUUCUGAGGACAAGCUGAAAAAGAUUAAAAGCGAUCUGCGGUUGGCUCAGGAUGCGUUCAAGGAGUGUGUGGAAUACUUUGGGGACUCGUCCCGAAAUGCGGAUGCGGCUGCAUUCUUUGCGUUGAUAGUGCGCUUCACACGUGCCUUCAAACAACUUGAUCAAGAGAACGAGCAGCGUCGACGACUGGAGCAGGCAGCCGCUUUGGCAGCAACGAAAAAAGAGAGUGAUCAGGUCAUGCUGCGCAACAAAUUCAAUCAAAAAAAGCAACAGGAUGCCGUCAUCAAUGAACUGAAGACCAAAACGCAUUCGGUGCGCGAAAAGAAGCUGCUGCAACAGGACGAGGUCUACAACGGAGCUCUCGAGGAUAUAUUGCUGGGGCUCAAGAACGAGCCAUAUCGAAGAGCAGAUGCUGUGAGACGCUCCCAACGCCGACGCAUCGAUAAUCGUUUAUCACGCACUCUAGAGGAAAUGGACUGCUAGACUGACUGGCUGGUUAGUUAGUUAGUUGGCUGGCUGGCUGUAGAACUGGGCAGAGGCAAAAAUCAAAAUUCAAAAACUAAUCGAAAAACGAAUGUGUGAAAGUCUUAGAUAAAGAAACUAAAAUAUGUGAUUGGGCGAUUCAAUUGUUUAGACAGAGACACUCAGACACAUACAGACACACAUUUACAGAAAUACACACAUUCCCCGCUUUUAACAUUGUGCUAUCAUUGAAAUAUAUAUUUUUCGUUUUUAUUUUCGUAAAAUACCAAAAUUUAACAUUUUUCCAGUACUCUUUGUUCAGUACCUAUUCUGUGAAUCUCUUUCUUGCUAUUGAGAUAUUCUGUCGCCAAAUUUUA